CGCAGCCGGAGCCGAGCCGGGACUGUCGCGCGGGCCGCGCCGGCGAUGCCGCGCCCCCGGGCCGGGCUGUAGCGGGGCCGGGGCGGAGUGCGCGCCGGGCAGGCCGGACAUGGAGGUGGUGGACGAGACGGAGGCGCUGCAGCGCUUUUUCGAAGGCCACGACAUCAAUGGUGCCCUGGAGCCCUCCAACAUCGACACCAGCAUCCUGGAGGAGUACAUCAGCAAGGAGGAUGCCUCUGACCUCUGCUUCCCUGACAUCUCUGCUCCAGCCAGUGCGGCCUCCUACCCCCACGGGCAGCCGGCCAUCCCGGGCUCCAGCGGGGGCCACCACCUGAGCCCCUCUGGGGGCGGACCCUCCCCGGGGCGCCACGGCCCCCUCCCCGCCCCGAGCUACAGCGCCCCGCUCAACUGCAACAACAACAAUGCCAUGGGCACUGCUCCCAAGCCCUUUCUGGGGAGUUCUGGGCCCCCCAUCAAGGCAGAGCCCAAGGCUCCCUAUGCCCCAGGCACACUGCCGGACUCUCCCCCAGACUCGGGCUCCGAGGCCUACUCCCCCCAGCAGGUGAAUGACCCCCAUCUCCUGCGCACCAUUACCCCUGAGUCCCUGUGCCACGUGGGAGUGCCCUCCCGCCUGGAGCACCCACCUCCACCUCCAGCCCACCUACCAGGCCCUCCGCCGCCCCCGCCACCCCCGCCUCACUACCCUGUCCUGCAGCGGGACCUGUACAUGAAGGCCGAGCCCCCGAUGCCCCCCUACGCUGCCAUGGGGCAGGGGCUGGUGCCCACGGAUCUCCACCACACACAGCAGUCCCAGAUGCUACACCAGCUGCUGAAUCAGCACGGAGCUGAGCUCCCCACACACCCCUCCAAGAAGAGGAAGCACUCCGAAUCACCUCCCAACACCCUUAAUGCCCAGAUGCUGAAUGGAAUGAUCAAACAGGAGCCCGGGACCGCGACGUCCCUGCCCCCGCACCCAGCUCGAGCCCCUUCCCCACCCUGGCCUCCCCAGGGCCCACUCUCCCCCGGCCCCGGCUCCUUGCCCCUCAGCAUCGCCCGGGUCCAGACGCCACCUUGGCACCCACCGGGUGCACCCUCACCAGGUCUCCUGCAGGACAAUGAUAGCCUUAGUGGCUCCUACCUGGAUCCCAACUACCAAUCCAUCAAGUGGCAACCGCAUCAGCAGAACAAGUGGGCAACGCUGUACGACGCAAACUACAAGGAGCUGCCCAUGCUCACCUACCGCGUGGACGCUGACAAGGGCUUCAACUUUUCGGUGGGCGACGACGCCUUCGUGUGUCAGAAGAAGAACCACUUUCAGGUGACCGUAUACAUCGGCAUGCUGGGGGAGCCCAAGUACGUCAAGACGCCCGAAGGCCUCAAGCCCCUUGACUGCUUCUACCUGAAACUGCACGGAGUGAAGCUGGAGGCCCUGAACCAGUCCAUCAACAUUGAGCAGUCACAGUCCGACCGAAGCAAGCGGCCCUUUAACCCUGUCACGGUCAAUCUGCCUCCUGAGCAGGUCACGAAGGUGACUGUGGGGCGUUUGCACUUCAGCGAGACCACUGCCAACAACAUGCGCAAGAAGGGCAAACCUAACCCUGACCAGAGGUACUUCAUGCUGGUGGUGGCGCUCCAGGCCCAUGCACAGAACCAGAACUACACGCUGGCUGCCCAGAUCUCAGAGCGCAUCAUCGUGAGGGCCUCCAACCCAGGCCAGUUUGAGAGUGACAGCGACGUGCUGUGGCAGCGGGCGCAGGUGCCCGACACUGUCUUCCACCAUGGCCGCGUGGGCAUCAACACGGACCGACCCGACGAGGCGUUGGUCGUGCACGGCAAUGUCAAGGUCAUGGGCUCGCUCAUGCACCCCUCCGACCUGCGGGCCAAGGAGCACGUGCAGGAGGUGGACACCACGGAGCAGCUGAAGAGGAUCUCACGCAUGCGGCUGGUGCACUACAGAUACAAGCCUGAGUUUGCAGCCACCGCAGGCAUCGAGGCCACGGCACCAGAGACGGGUGUCAUCGCCCAGGAGGUGAAGGAGAUCCUGCCUGAGGCCGUGAAGGACACUGGAGACGUGGUCUUUGCCAAUGGGAAAACCAUAGAGAACUUCUUGGUGGUGAACAAGGAGCGCAUCUUCAUGGAGAACGUGGGUGCCGUGAAGGAGUUGUGCAAGCUGACGGACAACCUGGAGACGCGCAUCGACGAGCUGGAGCGCUGGAGCCACAAGCUGGCCAAACUGCGGCGGCUGGACAGCCUCAAGUCCACUGGCAGCUCGGGUGCCUUCAGCCAUGCCGGGAGCCAGUUCAGCCGGGCGGGCAGCGUCCCCCACAAGAAGAGGCCCCAGGUGGCCAGCAAGUCGUCAUCUGUGGUCCCAGACCAGGCCUGCAUCAGCCAGCGCUUCCUGCAGGGAACCAUCAUUGCCCUGGUGGUGGUCAUGGCCUUCAGCGUGGUGUCCAUGUCUACACUGUAUGUGCUGAGCCUGCGCACCGAGGAGGACCUGGUGGAAACCGAUGGCUCUUUUGCUGUGUCCACUUCCUGUCUUCUGGCCCUGCUCCGGCCCCAGCACCCUGGGGGGAGUGAGGCCAGGUGCCCAUGGUCCAGCCAGAGCUUUGGGACCACUCAGCUCCGACAGUCGCCUGUGACCACCGGGCUGCCAGGCACACGGCCCUCUUUGCUGCUGGUUACCACCGGCCUGAGCAGCUCAGCCCCAGGCCCUGUCAUCCCCACUUUGGACCUGUGCUCCAGCCGCCCUUGUCCAGUCAUCUGCUGUUCCUCCUCCACCCCCAGCCCUACCCCUGCCCCUAGUCUUGGCUCCAGCUUUAACCCUGGCCAUGGCCUCAGCCCCAGUCCCAGCCCCUCCACCAACCGCUCAGGCCCCGGCCAGAUGGCCCUCCUACCAGUCACCAACAUCAGAGCCAAGUCCUGGGGCCUGUCGGCCAAUGGUAUUGGCCACUCCAAGCAUCCAAAGAGCUCAGAGCCUCUGGCCAGCCCUGAAGUCCCCUUCCCUGGAGGGCAGGGCAAAGCCAAGAACAGCCCCAGCCUUGGUCUCCACGGCCGGGCCCGCAGAGGGCUUCCCCAGCCCGGCCUGAGCCCUGCUCGGCCCACUCGGGCCCAGGGCCAGCCAGCCUCUCUCCUUGCAGACCCAGUGCCCUCCCUGACCUCCAUCCAGGUGCUGGAGAACUCAAUGCCCAUCACUUCCCAGUACUGCGCUCCAGAGGAUGCCUGCAGGCCCGGAAACUUCACCUACCACAUCCCUGUCAGCAGCGGCACCCCGCUGCACCUCAGCCUGACUCUGCAGAUGAACUCUUCGUCUCCCGUGUCUGUGGUGCUGUGCAGCCUGAUGUCAAAGGAGCAGCCGUGUGAGGAGAGGGACUUUCCACAGAGCCUGCACACCUACCAGGACACCCAGGGCACGUCCCACCAGUGGCCAGUGACCAUCCUGUCUUUCCGAGAAUUCACCUACCACUUCCGGGUGGCACUGCUGGGUCAGGCCAACUGCAGCGUGGAGGCCCCGGUCCUGCCGGCCACAGACUACUAUUUCCACUUCUACCGCCUGUGUGACUGAGCUGCCCUCCCCAAGGCAGCACCACACCACGGCCCGGGUCCCCGGGCGCCCCUUCCACACUGGACGCGGUGGUGUUACACUGGAGCCGCUGCCCACCAGCUCUCUGCUCACUGGCACCCCCUUGGAGAGACUGAACCGGGCCUGGCCCUCCCCACGACUAGUGAAACUGGAAGUCCUCACACUGGAGUUGCUGUCCCUGCCGGUCGCCCCUCACACGUCGCGGAGGGAGCCAGAGGGACCUCCUGGGGCCAGGCCGGGGCCAGUUCCUAUCUGUCCAGUUAUGGUGGUUGGAGGGCCGGCCUCAGGUACCCUGGCGGCAAGGGUAAGCCUGUGACUGUCCAGAGCCUACCUCCCACCCUCCCCUUUUGAGACUGGGAGCCCCCCCUCUUUUGGAGAGGGGACCUGCUGACCUUGCUAUCAGCUGGGGACUUGGACGGAGCCCUCAAAGACUCGGCUGGAUCCAUGAGUCGGCGGAGAGUAUGCAGCCAUCACCCUCACAGCUGCUCCCUGCGGGGUGGCGAGGUGGUGGACUUUUUGGGGUUUGACUGUUACGCUGGACUUGGGACUUUUAAGCUUUAAGUGUGGCCCAGGAGGUCUCUUCUCCCUGGGAACACGGGCUCCCAAGAGCUCCCAGGGCAGCUGGAGCCAGCCCUGGAUGGGUUGGAAAGACUGACCAUGUGCCUUAUGUACAUUUCGUGCCCAGCUGAACCAGUGAGGGAGGUGGGGCGGUGGGCGAGGUAAGCCCCGGACCCUUGAACCUGGAGUAUCCUGAAGUUCCCUGUGAGCCCCCCCACCAAGACGGUGUCGGGGCCCCAAGGGCUGGGUUCCUGGGAGUUUCCAGAGCUUUGCAGCAGUAUCCGGGACCCAUCAUUCUCUCUGAGCAGGGGAGCAGGAAUCCAUGCCAGGCAGCAGGCUGGUCUUGGCUGGUGUGUGGAUGCAGAGUUGUUGCUGUUAUUAACGAAAUAAUUACUAAAAUGCACUUAAGCCAGAGCGGGGGUGGAGGUUGGAGAUGGUAAAGCCCGGAGAAGUGCAGAGCCCAGGGGGACAGGGGGACACUUGCAGAGACAGGGGCCUGGCUCUGAUCCAUCCCAGGGAGGCUUGAGACCUCCAGCUCACUCCCGACCACCAAGACUCUGGCUUCCCCCUUCACUCUUGUCUCCUGGUCACCUGGUCUCCCCAGAUCAAGGGCUCCCAUGGUGGGUUCGGAGAGCUGAGCUGGAGCGACCCAGGCUCGGCAGCAGGCCCCGUCUCCACUCACUCCUCCCAGAGAUGGAGCAGUGGGCUUGUGUUAGGAAGAAGUCUUAUCUCAAGUGCCAAUGUUAAGUUAACCUUUCUUAGUGGGUGCCUGGAGCACUGAGGCCACAUCCAGGCUCACAGAAGAAUGUGGAAAUCACUGAGCCACGUCCGCAUGGGCCUGGGAAUUGCGGUCCCUGCCCUGUGGUAUCCUGCCACCUCUUUGGGAACCAGGCCUUACCCCUCUCUGAAGUCUCAUUCUCAACUUUGAAUGGGAGGCCUUCCUAUGGGGAGCUGGGUCUUGAAGCCUGGGAACUGUGGGCCCCCUUCCGGCAUGGGUCACAAAGCACUUACCCUUAGGGGAGUUGGGGGAUGGCAGGGAUACCUCGCCUCCCAGCCCCUUCCCCAGCGUGGCUCCACUCCUUCAUUCUGACAUAGGAAUCCCACGGUUCCCCACACCACGCAGGGGGCCAGGCCUUCCUUAGGACUACUCUGUUCUCCCUCCCCCAGAGUGGGGGAAACCCUCCCGAAAUGCCUUAAAAACUGCUGAGCCCCACCCUUUGUAAUAGGAUUCUGGGGCUUCCUCAGUGAGGGUGCCUGGCCUUGGACUGUGGCCCCUCAGUCCUGAACUGGAAAGUGACCCUCCGCUGCCCCCUGGAGCCCUUCUGGACACAGCAUUGCCCCAAUCUGGUUAGCAGCUGGCUGUUUCCAUGCCUGAGGAGGGGUCCUCAGUGCGAGGAUUGGGGCCAAGCUGGGGCUCCAAGCUGCUUGAGAGGGGGUCAACCUUGGACCAAAGUCGCCUUAAGCCCAGUAAGGUAGAUGGGCUUCAGGGAAGGGGAGCGGGUCACCUGCUGGAGGCUGACAGCUGCCCGGCUGGCACUGGUAAGUGGGUGUCUUGGUUCCAUUCCCUACAUGGGGUCCAGCAGCCGCCCCUCCCCUCCCCUCCCCUCCGGCAUUUAUUCCCAUAGUCGCGGGGCUAAUCUCCCCGGAGCUUCAAGCUGUACAUAGGGCCUCUCAACGCACAAGUCCCUCUGCCCACGUUAUACCCGCCCCCAUAAAAGCCCGCGUGUGCAUACAGCGUCCCUCCCUCCCAGUUAACUCCCAGUUCCUGUCCCUGAGUGCUGACUCAUAUUUAUCACGUACCAACUCUGACUCUGGAGUGGGCACAGGGAGGCAGCCCUGGGCCUGCUUGCUUCCUGUCCCCGUCCUUUUCUUCUGAAGUAAAUAUACGUAUAUAAAUAAAUGUAUAAAUAUGGCUUUGUAUCUGA